GACAAAAUAUGUUCAUGAAGUGUACAAAAGGUUUAACCAUUACAGCACUUGUUCAAUUCGUUCUUCUUAUCCGGUGCUGCAAUUCGAUAGAUAGCAUAACAACUGAUCAAGCCAUCAGAGAUGGUGAAGUUCUAGUCUCUAAUGGAGAAGUGUUUGAGCUUGGGUUCUUCAGACCCGGAAAGUCCACCAACCACUAUGUUGGGAUUUGGUACAAGAAAGAUGUAGAAAAAACAGUUGUAUGGGUUGCAAACAGAGACAAUCCUAUCAAUGACACCUCAGGGGUCCUAUCAAUUGGUGCACACGGAAACCUCAUCCUCUACGCCAGAAACCAAACCAAUAUUCCUGUCUGGUCCACCAAAUCCAAUGUUUCAAUCUCAUCAUCAUCCACACCUGAUCCUAAAUACAAAGCUCAGCUCUUAGAUACUGGAAACCUUGUUUUGGUUGAACAAGACAGCCAAAAGGUAACAUGGCAAAGCUUUGACUACCCCACGGAUACAAUCCUUCCGCAUAUGAAACUUGGCCUUGACAAGCGAACAGGAUUCAGCUGGUUCCUGACCUCCUGGAAAUCCGAGGAUGACCCGGGAACGGGGAAUUACACCUAUGCGAUUGACCCAAAUGGAGCUCCUCAGAUUAUCUUCUACAAUGGUAAUGUUCGAUACUGGAGGACUGGUAAUUGGAAUGGGAUUAGGUGGUGGUGGGGUGACAUACCGGUAGUGCUAGAUACUAAUAUCUUCAAUGCCAGCUAUGUGAACAAUCAAGAUGAGAUCAUCGUUACUUGGGGUGUCCUCAACUCAUCCAUCUCCACAAGAAUCGUGGCAGCCCAUUUGGGAUCGAUCGAACAAUUUAACUGGUAUGAACAAGACCUCAGAUGGAAUAAUAUCUGGUCUGGCCCCAGGGACAGAUGUGACAUUUAUGGCAGGUGUGGAGCGUUCGGUUACUGUGACUCGGAGAGUCUACGUGUGUUUGAGUGCAAAUGCCUACCAGGUUUCCAACCCAAGUUGCCAGAUGAAUGGAACAUGAGAAACGCAUCGAGUGGCUGCGUGAGGAAGCUCGAGGCAUGCAGGAACGGGGAAGGUUUCGUCAAGUUAGAAAAGGUGAAGAUUCCUGAUACAUCGUGGGCACGGAUAGAUAGGAAUUUGAGUUGGAAAGCAUGUGAGCAGCAAUGCUUGAGGAACUGCUCUUGCUCGGCAUACGCCAUCAACAGCAAUGCAAAUAUGAUAGGGUGCAUGGCAUGGUAUGGGAAUUUAGUAGAUACAAGGGAUUCUGCAGAUGGGGGUCAAGACUUGUACAUACGUGUGGAUGCAGUUGAGUUAGAUGAAUACACAAAGAAGUCCAAGGGGUUUCUUGCCAAAAAAGGGAUGGUGCCGAUUUUGGUAGUGUCUAUUGCUAUGGUAUUCUUCUUCAUUUGCUUUGGAUGUUGGUUUGCAAAGAGGAAGAGAAAAGAAUAUCCGAGGGAAAUGAAGAAUGAUGAUAGUAGAAGAACACAUCAAGACCUGACAAUUUUUGACCUAGAGAGCAUAGUUGCUGCUACAAACAAUUUCUCUACUGCUAACAAGCUUGGCGAAGGUGGAUUUGGCCCUGUCUACAAGGGUCUUUUAGCUAAUGGACAAGAGGUGGCUGUGAAAAGACUAUCAAAGAAUUCAGGGCAAGGUUUAGAACAAUUUAAGAAUGAGGUUAUGUUGACAGCAAAACUUCAGCACAGGAACCUGGUGAGGAUCUUUGGUUGCUGCGUUGAUGCCGGAGAAAAGAUGUUGAUAUAUGAAUGUUUGGCUAACAAAAGCUUAGACUUCUUCAUAUUUGAUAAAAGCAGAAGCUCAUUGUUGGACUGGAAAAAGCGUUUUGAGAUUAUAUUGGGAAUAGCUCGAGGGGUCUUAUAUCUACAUCAAGACUCAAGACUAAAAAUUAUCCACAGGGAUUUAAAAGCUAGCAAUGUCCUCUUGGAUUCUACAAUGAACCCAAAGAUCUCAGAUUUUGGAAUGGCUAAAAUGUUUGGGGAAGACCAAAUCCAAGCAAAUACAAACAGAGUGGUUGGAACAUAUGGCUACAUGUCACCAGAAUAUGCAAUGGAAGGGCGGUAUUCAGAAAAAUCUGAUGUUUUCAGCUUCGGCGUUUUACUGCUAGAGAUCAUCAGUGGGAAAAGGAACACUAGUUAUGAUCCCUCCCCAAAUUUGAUUGGACAAAUUUGGGAUAUGUGGAGAGAGGAGCAAGCAUUAGCUAUGGUUGAUCCAUCUUUGGGGGAGUCAUAUCCUGCUCAUGAAGUUUCAAGAUGCAUCCAGAUUGGGCUACUUUGCGUGCAAGAAAGUGCAUCAGAUAGGCCAACCAUGUCGGAAGUUAUUUUCAUGUUGGGUAAUGAAACAACUCUUCCCCAUCCCAAGAAACCUGCAUUUAUAUUACAAUCAUCCAGCAAACUAAACUCAGCAGCAUCAAAAGGAUCAACUACUUCUCUAAAUGAUGUAACGAUAACGGUGCUCAAAGCACGCUAAUGACAUAUAUGUUGUGCAUCAUAUUCAUUUUUUUCUUGUCUUACAGUUAAGUCUUAUGUAUUGCCAUUUGUUAUCAAACUUAAGACAAUAUUUUGUAAUUCACUUGUUCUAUUCGUUCUUCUUAUCCGAUGCUGUAAUUCGAUAGAUAGCAUAACAACUGAUCAAGCCAUUAGAGAUGGUGAAGUUCUAGUCUCUAAUGGAGAAGUGUUUGAGCUUGGUUUCUUCAGCCCUGGAAAAUCCACCAACCGCUAUGUUGGAAUCUGGUACAAGAGAGAUAAAGAAAAAACAGUUGUAUGGGUUGCAAACAGAGACGAUCCUAUCAAUGAAACCUCAGGGGUCCUGUCAAUUGGUGCACAUGACCUCAUCCUCUACGCCAGGAACCAAAGCAACAUUACUUUCUGGUCCACCAAAUCCAAUGUUUCAAUCUCAUCAUCAUCCACACCUGAUCCUAAAUACAAAGCUCAGCUCUUAGAUACUGGAAACCUUGUUUUGGUUGAACGAGAGAGCCAAAAGGUAACUUGGCAAAGCUUUGAUUAUCUCACUCAUACAGUGCUUCCAUUCAUGAAACUUGGAAUAAACAAGCGGACAGGAUUCAACUGGUUCCUAACUUCCUGGAAAUCCGAAGAUGACCCGGGAACCGGGAGUUACACCUAUAAGAUUGAUCCAAAUGGAGCUCCUCAGAUGGUCUUGUACAAAGAUAAUGUUCGAUACUGGAGGACUGGUAGGUGGUGGUGGAGUGACAUACCGGUGGUGCUAACUACUUCUUUCUCCAAUUCUAGCUUUUUGAACAAUCAAGAUGAGGUUACUGUUACUUGGGGUCUUCUCAACUCAUCCAUCUCCACAAGAAUUGUGGUAGACUAUUCUGGAACGAUCCAACAAUUUAACUGGUAUGAACAAGACCUUGGAUGGAAUCAAAUCUGGUCUGGCCCCAUGGACAGAUGUGAUUAUUAUGGCAGGUGUGGAGCGUUUGGUUACUGUGACUCGGACAGUAUCAGCGUGUUUGAAUGCAAAUGCCUACCAGGGUUCCAACCCAAGUUGCCAGACGAAUGGAACAUGAGAAAUGCAUCUAGUGGCUGCGUGAGGAGGCUCGAGUCGUGCAAGAACGGGGAAGGUUUCAUCAAGUUGGUAAAAGUCAAGGUCCCUGAUACAUCGUGGGCACGGGUGGAUAUGAAUUUGAGUUCGAAAGCAUGUGAGCAGCAGUGCUUGAGGGAUUGCUCUUGUUUGGCAUACACCAUCAGCAGCAAUGCACCUAUAAUAGGGUGCAUGACAUGGUAUGGGAAGUUAGUAGAUACAAAGAAUUUUGCAGAUGGGGAUCAAGACUUAUACCUACGUGUAGAUGCACUUGAGUUAGCUGAGUACACAAAGAAGUCCAAGGGUUUUCUUGCCAAAAAAGGGAGGCUGCCAAUUUUGGUAGUGUCUAUUGCUAUGAUAUCCUUCUUCAUUUGCUUUGGAUGUUGGUGUGCAAAGAGGAAGAGAAAAAAAUAUCCCUGGGAAAGGAAGAAUGAUGAUGACAGUAGAACACAUCAAGACCUGACACUUUUUAACCUAAAAAGCAUAGUUGCUGCUACAAACAAUUUCUCUGCUGCUAACAAGCUGGGCGAAGGUGGAUUUGGCCCAGUCUAUAAGGGUCUAUUAGCUAAUGGACAAGAGGUGGCUGUGAAAAGACUAUCAAAGAAUUCGGGGCAAGGUCUAGAACAAUUUAAGAAUGAGGUUAUGUUGAUAGCAAAACUUCAGCACAGGAACCUGGUGAGGCUUUUUGGUUGCUGCAUUCAUACAAAAGAGAAGAUGUUGAUUUAUGAAUACUUGACAAACAAAAGCUUGGACUUCUUCAUAUUUGAUAAAAAGAGAAGCUCGUUGUUAGACUGGAAAACACGUUUUGAAAUUAUAUUUGGAAUCGCUCGAGGUGUCUUAUAUCUUCAUCAAGACUCGAGACUAAAAAUUAUCCACAGGGAUUUAAAAGCUAGCAAUGUCCUCUUGGAUUCUACUAUGAACCCAAAGAUCUCAGAUUUUGGAAUGGCUAAAAUGUUUGGCGAAGACCAAAUGCAAGCAAAAACCAACCGAGUGGUUGGAACAUAUGGAUACAUGUCACCAGAAUAUGCAAUGGAAGGGCGAUAUUCAGAAAAAUCAGAUGUUUUUAGCUUUGGUGUGUUACUGCUAGAGAUCAUUAGUGGCAAAAGGAACACUAGUUAUGAUAACCAAACUCCCUCCCCAAAUUUGAUUGGACAAAUUUGGGAUAUGUGGACAGAGGAGCAGGCAUUAGGUAUGGUUGAUCCAUCCUUGGGGGAGUCAUAUCCUGCUCAUGAGGUUUCAAGAUGCAUCCAGAUUGGGCUACUUUGCGUGCAAGAAAGUGCAUCAGAUAGGCCAACCAUGUCGGAAGUUAUUUUUAUGUUGGGUAAUGAAACAACUCUUCCCUCUCCCAAGAAACCUGCAUUUAUAUUACAAUCCAGCAAUCCAAACUCAAUAGCAUCAAAAGGAUCAACUCCUUCUCUAAAUGACGUAACGAUAACUAUGCUCGAAGCACGCUAA